UUAAACCAUCGAUAAGCGCCAAAAAGGAUAAAGACACGCUGCUGCAGCUCAGCUCUCUUUCUGUUUCAUAGCUAUUGGGGGAGAGAGAGAAGCUGAGAUCUGAAAGCAAUGGGCGUGGAUCCGAGGCAGGUGCUGGCGGGGGUGCUGACGGUGACUAUGUUUGUAAUGCUCGGCGACAUGAUCAAGCGCGACCAUUUCGACGCGGUUCAGCCGGCUGUUCAUGAUACGAGCAAGGCCGUGGAGCAUACGAUUGCUAGUGUUGCAAAAGGAGUGGAUGGGCCUUGGAAGGAGGAUGGUGUGACGUUGAAGCCGUGUUGGAAGAAGGAGGUUUUUGAGGAGGCCGAUGAAUCACUAGGGUAUGUCACCUUCUCGCUCACUAACGGCCCAGAAUACCAUGUUUCUCAGAUUGCUGAUGCUGUAGUUGUUGCAAGACAACUACGAGCGACACUUGUGAUCCCGGAUAUUAGAGGAAGUGAACCAGGUGAUAGAAGGAACUUCGAUGAUGUCUAUGAUGUUGAUAAAUUCGUUACAAGCCUUGAUGGAGUGGUCAAAGUUGUCAAAUCUCAGCCUAAGAUAUCAGCUCGUAAUCUUGCAGUAGUGAAGGUCCCUAAUCGCGUUACUGAAGAAUACAUCGCUGACAAUAUCGAAACAGUUUUCAAAACCAAGGGAAACAUAAGGCUCGUAACCUACUUCCCAUCAGUUAACAUGAAAAAAGAUAAAGAGAGGACCGACACAAACUCUGUUGCGUGUUUAGCCAUGUUUGGGACGCUGGAGCCUCAGACAGAAGUUCGUGAAGUUGUUGACUCCAUGAUCGACCGCCUCAAGACCCUCAGUAAGAAGUCAAACGGACAGUUCGUGGCGAUUGACUUGAGGGUCGAUAUACUUGAGAAAAAGGGUUGUCACAAGAAUGGUGGCUCUGGAUCCAAAAGUUGCUACAGUCCACAAGAUAUAGCUUUCUUUUUGAGGAAGCUGGGCUUUGAGAAGGAUACCACGGUGUACGUGACCCAAACGAAAUGGCAUAGCAGCCUCGAUGCUCUGAAGGACUUCUUCCCAAAAACUUAUACAAAGGAGUCCAUAAUGCCCAUGGAGAACAAAGAAAAGUUCCUGAACUCGGACACUACUGAAUUCGAGAAGGUGAUAGAUUACUACAUUUGCUCGGAGAGUGAUGUUUUUGUUCCGGCGAUAUCCGGGCUCUUUUAUGCCAAUGUUGCCGGAAAGAGAAUAGCUUCCGGCAAGACGCAGAUACUUGUGCCUGCGGAUAUUUCUACCCCAACUGCAGCUCCGGAAGAAUUCGUAUCAUCGUACGUGACAAAAAAGAACCACUUUGCAUACUCAUGUUUUUGCUAGGAUCAAGCUAUGGGCAAUUUUCCAAGAUACCAAGUUGGGGAAAAGGUUUGUUUUGCAAAAUGUAUUUCACUUGAAACUUCUCUCGUUUUGCGGUUUUUGGUAGGUUGCAGAGGCGUUUUGUUGUGAUGUAGUAAUAGUUAAAAGAGACACUUGAUUUAUUCAUACAUUGCAUAAUUAAAUGUAACUAAUGUCACAUCCAUGUUUGAUAUAUUCAUUUAAAUAAGUGUGAUUGAUACUUAA